AUCAGCACAAAUCCGCCACAGAAUAUACCAUCAAGAUGAGAGGAAAACGGUCAAAGCAAUAUCGCAAGCUCAUGGAGCAGUUCUCCAUGACGUUUGGCUUUCGCGAGCCAUAUCAGGUCCUAGUGGACGCGGAAAUGGUUAAAGAUGCGAACAAGUGUACCAUGGACCUAGCGGCUAGGUUGCAGAGCACAGUUCACGGCAAAGUCAAGCCAUUAAUCACCCAAUGCGAAAUCCGAAAGCUCUACGCAGACAAAGACCAGCCCGGCGGCAAUGCGGCGAUUGAACUGGCCAAGACAUUCGAACGAAGACGCUGUGGCCACCACCCAGAUGAAUACCCCAAACCCCUCGAGACGAUAGAGUGCCUGCGGUCCGUCGUGGACCCCAAAUCAACCGGCGAGAACAAGCAUCGCUACGUGGUUGCCAGCCAGAACCUGGAUGUCCGGAGAAUGCUGCGUGGGAUCAGGGGAGUGCCGCUGAUAUACAUCAAGCGGAGCGUCAUGAUUCUGGAGCCCAUGGCGGAUGAGAGCGUGCAGAUUCGGGAACGAGAGGAGAGACGGAAGUUCAGGGCGGAGCUCAAGAAGACGGUUGGCAAGCGGAAACGCGAAGAGAAAGACGAGGGUGCGGACAAUGGCGAUCACAGUGAAAGCGACGACGAAGACGGCGACCGACGCAAGGCCACACAAGCACCCACGACCGAGAAGAAACCCAAGAAACACAGAGGCGCCAAGGGAGCAAAUCCCUUAUCAGUGAAGAAGAAGAAGCCGCAGCAAACGCCAAAGAAGGAGACCGACAAGAAGCCAGAGACUGCUGCAUCAGACACCAAGGCGAAGAGGAAGCGACGGAAGAAGACCAAAUCAGAAAAUGCGACAGCGCCCGGCGCCUCAGAGCCGGCUGCGGCAGCCCCGAGCAAUGCCGGAGGAGAGAGCUGAAAGGCGUGGCGGUUCUCAUGAUGAGCGAAACAAUGGAGACUGGGGCGCUGUGGUCAUUGGUAGAGGACAAUGACAGUGCUCAGGGCGUUGAGCAUGGAGUUGUAAUAAUUAUGUGAUGACUACCUAGCAUAUGGCUAUGGCCGGUAGAAGCGACUGUGAAUAUUACCUAGUACAUACGAUUG